AUCUUACUGUCAUUGCUUCACAGUGUGAUUGGUUCCUGGUUUCUCUCUCCUCUCUCUCUCUCUCUCUCUAACCUUUUUCAACACUAAUUUAUUCACGGACUCACGGUGUGAAGAUCUGAGAUAACAGGAUUUGUCAAACCAGUAGCCAUUACCAUGCUUCUUCGAAGCUCUUCCACCCCAAUACUGAACUCAUGGGUUCCAGUCUCAAAGGAAUCAUUGGAGACCGAACUCGUCUGUCCAUUUCAAAAAUCGAGGCCAAACCACCAAUUCAUCUCACCAAUUUGCCUCUCUUCUUCCUCUUGUUCUUCGCCAUCAGAUGACCUCCAUUUCCAUUUACCCAUGGAGGGAAACAGGCCGCCGAGAAUGAACAGAGCUUCUUCUGAGAAUGAUCUCGUUGUAAAGGGGAGACAAACACUGUCAUCAUCAUCUUCAUUGUCAUUUAGGAGGGGCCUUUCCCCUUCGCCUGUCGAAGAGGAAGAGAAGGGUUCGGAGUCGCCAUUAAAGAGGAUUUUGUGGAGCUCCGGUCUGGAUGAGCCAAUGGUGGCGGAGAUGGAGUGUCAGGAUUCCGCCAUGGGUUUGAUGGUGGGUUCGGGUUAUUGCAACGUUGAGUGCGGUGGGGGUUUGGGAAAUGGGGAUUCAGGAAAGUUUUGUGGGGGAAAUGGCUCUGGAGGAGAUGAGAUAGAGGGGCCAGACUCGAAUAAUAAUAAGAAUGAUAGAGCUGAAGCUUAUUACAAGAAGGUGAUUGAGGCUGAUCCUAACAAUUCACUUCUUCUCAGGAAUUAUGCAAAGUUUUUGCAUGAGGUUCGACAGGACACUGUUAAAGCAGAAGAGUAUUAUGGGAGGGCAAUUCUGGCAAAUCCCGGAGAUGGAGAUGUUCUGUCUCUCUAUGCCUCUCUUCUUUGGGAAACAAAGAAGGACGCUCAGAGAGCAGAUGCAUAUUUCGAUCGAGCUGUGAAAGCUGCUCCUGAUGACUGUUUUGUGUCUGCGUCUUAUGCUCAUUUCCUAUGGUCAUCCGGUAUGGACGAUGAAGAGGAAGAAGAGGCAAUGGCACCAACCCCUCACUUUCAUCCCAUUUCUGCACCUCUUGCAGCCGCAUCAUGAUCUCUGGAGAGAGAGAGAGAGAGAGAGAGAGAGUAGCAGGAUGUAAAAACGAGUUUGAUGAAGGUUAGGAAAAUAUCUGACUGUAAAUUUUCGGGGAAUUAUUAAUAACAGUCUUGCUUGUUUAUUUUGGCAAA